AUGGAGGAGAAGGAGGAAGGGGUGAACUUGAACUGGACGCUGCCGGUGUCGAGUGUGCAAGAGCUGGUGAGGCAGCGACAACCGGAUGCUGUGCCCCCCAAGUACCUCCGCGACGACAUAGUAAUGGCUAGUCACCAUCGAGAGUUGUCGCAGGGCUUGCCUCGCAUCAAUAUGGGGAAGCUGAUGGAUACUCCUUCUCGAUCCACCGAGCUCUGCAACCUUCACUCUGCCUGUCGUCAAUGGGGUCUUUUCCUGUUAGUGAACCUUGGAGUGUUGGAUGAAGGGAUGAGGAUGAUGAAGGAGAACGUGCAAGGGUUCUUCGAUCUGCCCCACCACGAGAAGCAAAAGUCAGCCCAGAAACCCGGAAGUCUCGAAGGUUACGGGCAAGCUUUCGUCACCUCUCACGACCAGAAGCUGCAGUGGAACGACACGAUCUUUCCUCAAAUGCCAUCCUGCUCAUGCAAGAAAUCUCGAUCUGUGGCCAAAAAAUCCCCCGGAAUUCUGGUCAUUCGGAUAGCACUGGAGAAAUACAGCGAAGAUAUGAGGAAGCUGGCAGCGGAAGUAGUGAAGUAUAUUGGAAUGGCGUUGGGGAUUCAUGAAGGCGAAUUGGAUCUGUUGACGAAAAGUUUCGGAGAAGGGAAAUACGAGGUCAAGAUGAAUUGCUACCCAGCAUGCCCAGAACUUGAGAGAGCAAUAGGCCUGUUGCCACAUGCCGACAUCUCGGGGAUCACCCUGUUGACGGAGUGCGGCAACAUCCCUGGCCUUCAGGUCCUUAGAAAGGACAACUGCUGGGUCAUGGUUCCACCCAUUCCCGGUGGCAUCGUCGUGAAUUUAGGUCAAAUCAUGGAGGUUUAUAGCAAUGGCACGUACAGAGCGCCGGAUCACAGAGCAGUGGUGAACAAAGAGAAGGAGAGGGUGUCCAUAGCAACCUUUUGCUAUCCCAGCCCGUCUCUUCCGGUCGGACCUUCUCCACAGCUCCUCGCAGCCACCGGACUCCCCCCUAUCUACCAAACCCUCUCGAACUCGGAGAAUUCUGUAGUGCUUCUUAAGCCACAAGCUUGA